AUGUUUUCUGGGUGGAACUGGGUGGCCCAUAGUUUAUAUCUGUUCUUGAACAUCUGUUUUCUUGAAGUUUCAGGUGGACUUGUGCAGUCAUGUGGUCACAUCAUCCCAGAGUCUCCUGUAUUGGCCCUUGGUUCCAAUUUCACAGCAUUAUGCAUUUUGAAUGAGAGUUGUUUGGACUUUGGCAAUAUCUAUGCUAGUCAAAUUAUCUGGAAAAUUAAAAAUAGAGUAGUACCUAAAGAACAGUAUCGUGAAAUAAACAGAACGGUUUCCAGUGUCACAUUUAAUGAUACUUCUUCACUAGCUACUCCUCUGACAUGCAACAUUUUAGCAGACGGACAGAUUGAGCAGAACAUUUAUGGAAUUACAGUUACAGUAGGCUUGCCCCCAGAGAAGCCCAAGAACUUAAGUUGCAUUGUAUAUCAGGUGUUAAAACUCACAUAUCCUAUGACUUGUACCUGGAAUCCUGGAAGGCAUACAUUCCUGGACACUCACUUUAGAUUGAAAUACAGAUGGCUGCAAGAGAACUUUCCUGACUGUAUACCAAAAGAUGUAAACAAUUCUUGUACGAUUACUGAAGUUCAGUUCUUUGUUAACAUGAAGGUCUGGGUAGAAGCAGCAAAUGCUCUUGGAAAGGCUGAAUCUGAUCCUCUUAUUCUUGAUCCCAUUGAGAUUGUUAAACCUCUGCCUCCACACAAUUUAUCAGUCAACUCAGGAAUGCUGCCUACUGUUCUGAAGCUUUCUUGGGAGAAUCGGAUUUCAGCAGCUGUGAUGAAGCUGAAAUUCAAUAUUCGCUAUAGGAUCAUGGGUGACAAAAACUGGAUGCAGGUUCCUCCUGAAGAUACAGCUUCACCAAGAACUUCAUUCAGUGUUCAAGGGCUCAGACCCUACACAAAGUAUGUAUUUUCAAUUCGUUGCAUGAAGGAAGAUGGAGUGGGCUACUGGAGUGACUGGAGUGAAGAGAAAACUGGAGUCACCACUGAAGAUAAACCAUCUAAAGGACCGCCCAUAUGGAGGAUCAUUGAUGUAUCUCGCUCACCACCUUCCUGGUCUGUGCAUCUGAUGUGGAAGGCACUGGAGCCAUUUGAAGCCAAUGGAGUAAUCUUACAGUAUGAAGUGAGUAUCAGAGCCAAGUCAUCUCUCUCCAGUCCACCAGAGAAAUACAGUGUUAAUACCACCAACCUUACAUUAAAGAUGCCAAAUGGAACUUAUGAAGUGACUCUGGUUGCCCGUAACAGAGUCGGGGCAUCCCCUCCAUCAGUUUUACUUAUCCCAGCAAGUAAUUCAAAAGCUCCUGUGAAGAAUGUUAGAACACUACCUAAAGAUGGCAAAUUGUGGGUAGGGUGGACUGCUCCUAACAGUUACGUUCUUAAAUAUGUGAUUGAAUGGUGUCUGGUGUCCAACAGCUCAGACUGCAUCAUAGAAUGGCAGAAUGAACCAGGAAAUGUUCAAGGAACAUACUUAAAAGGUGAUAUAAAGCCUUUCAAGUGCUACUUGAUAACUGUGUACCCUCUAUAUUCUGAUGGUCAGGGAAGUGGACAGUCUGUGAAAGCUUAUCUUCAGAGUCCUUCAAAAGGACCAACUGUUCAGACCAAAAAAGUAGGAAAAGCCGAAGCUGUUUUGACGUGGAACCAUCUCACAGUGGAUGAACAAAAUGGAUUUAUCAGAAGUUAUACCAUAUUUUACAAAACUAUUGAUGGAAAUGAAACAGCUGUGACAGUGGAUCCUUCCAAGACAGAGUAUACCCUUUCUUCUCUAGCCAGUGACACACUGUAUACUGUGCGGAUGAUGGCAUACACAGAUGAAGGAGGCAGGAGUGGUCCUGAUUUUACAUUUACUACACAAAAAUUUGGGAAAGGAGAGAUUGAAGCCAUAGUUGUACCUGUGUGUCUAGCGUUCCUGUUGAUUGUGCUCCUUGGAGUUUUGUUUUGCUUCAACAAACGUGACUUAAUUAAAAAGCACAUCUGGCCUAUUGUCCCUGAUCCAUCCAAGAGUAACAUUGCUCAGUGGUCUCCUCAAGUUCCAGCUAAGCAUAACUUUAAUUCCAAAGAUCAGAUGUAUCCAGAAGGCAGCUUCACAGAUGUAAGCGUCGUAGAAAUAGAAGCUGAUGACAAGAAGUCUUUUUCAGAACAAGAUCUAAAACCCUUUGACUUACUUAAAAAGGAAAAAAGUACUUCAGAAGGGCACAGCAGUGGUAUUGGAGGGUCCUCAUGCAUGUCUUCUCCUAGGCAAAGUGUCUCUGACAGUGACGAAGGUGAAACUACACAAAACACUUCAAGCACUGUACAGUAUUCAACUGUAGUGCUUAACGGCUACAGAGACCAAACACCUGUGCAAGUCUUUUCAAGGUCUGAGUCGACUCAGCCACUGCUAGAUUCAGAAGAGAGAGCAGAGGAUCAUCAUGCUGGAGGAGGUGACAGUACAAUACAGAGGCAGCAGUAUUUCAAACAAAAUGGUGUUCAGGAUGAAACCAACACAGACAGGCCAUGCUUUGAAAGAAUGAAGCAAAUCACUUCUGCUAAUGAGGGGGAUACUGUUGGAUUUGCACAACUGCAGAUCUCAGGUCAGAGUUCACAGCUAUUGGGCCUUGGGCUGGAAAAAAAUACCCAGGAAGCUGCUGUAUCAGAUGCUUUACAGGCAAGUACUGAAGGACAAAUUGUGGGACCUGAAAUAGUGGAAGGAAAUCCACCAUCAGUUGAUGAAAUGCCAAAAAGUUACCUCCCACAGACUGUGAGACAAGGGGGCUAUGUGCCACAGUGAGAGAAGAGACUGGCUCUGUUUUAGGCCUUCAGUAGUGCCUGUUCACACUUUCUCCUGUGUUUCUGAUAAAUUAAGCUAGGUAUUUUUAUCUGAAUGAAGAUAGAAAUAUUGAAAUUAAGUGAAGAGUAAUAUGACAAAGUACAGUAAGGACUGUUUUUGUGGAAGAUUUGCAGUCCAGACCUACUGGAGACUUAACUUUUAUGCACUACAUAAAAUCUUCUGUCUGGAUAGCUGAAUAAGCCUUUGUGCUACCUUGGGGAUUUUGCAUCUUGUCAUAUCAGAUUUACAUGUGAUUGAAAAUGGCAAGUUUCAAUUAAUCAAUCAGCCAAUAGACCUUCUAGAAGAAAUACUUUGGUUUGUGAUAGUGUACAAGCCUAAAAAGCCAGCUUUAGUUGCUUGGAGCAU